CGGAAGCUCUUCUCCGCGUGCGCGCGACGCUUCAGCUGUCGCAGGAGUCCGCACUGCCGUCGUGGACCGAUGCGACGAGUCCGUGCGACGGCGGGUGGGAGGCGGACGUUAGAUGCGACCCUGACACCAACCAAGUCGUCCACCUUGACAUAUCCAGCUUGCAGCUUUCGGGGCCCAUCCCAGGCACGGAUCUCGCGCAACUCUCCUACCUCACUUACCUGGCGUUGGAUGGCAACACCUUCUCGGGCUCUCUGCCAGCAGACCUCUCCAGGCUGUCAGCCCUGAAGCACCUGUCGCUGGAAGGCAACGCAGUGGAGGGGCCCAUUCCAGGCGACGUGCUCAACUCCCUCACCGCGCUCACCCUGCUCAACCUGAAGACGAACAACUUUUCGGGCCAGCUGCCGGAGUCGCUCGGGGCACUCACUAACCUGGUUGCACUCAACCUGGGAGCCAAUCAGCUGACAGGAGAGAUCCCAGCAAGUUACUCCGCCCUCUCGCAAAUUGUGUACUUCAAGGCGUCGCGCAACAAGCUGGACGGCGCCCUUCCCGACUGGUUCGGCUCGUGGCCUCGACUCAUGGACCUAGAGCUAUUCAAGAAUGGCUUCACGGGCUCCAUUCCCGACUCUCUCGGCAACGUGCAAUCUCUGGUCGCCCUGUCACUGGACGAGAAUGCACUGUCUGGCUCGCUGCCCGCAUCACUGGGAUUGCUACCACGCCUUGAAGCCCUCUAUGUGGUGUCCAACAAUCUGGAAGGGCCCAUCCCGGAGUCCUUCAGGGGCAUGCAGAGCAUCAAGUACAUCGAUCUGAGCUUCAACCUGCAGCUAUCAGGCCCUCUCCCGGACUUCUUUGGCGCCAUGCCUUCGCUUGAGUCCAUUGCCCUUGAGUCAUGCGGCUUCACCGGCCCCAUCCCACCCUCCCUCGCAUCUCUCCCCAACCUGAGAGAGCUUUUCCUCGACCACAACGCGCUGCACGGCGCCCUGCCGCCCUCCCUGGCCACACUCUCCGCACUCACAGCUCUCUACCUCAACAGCAACCAGCUCUCGGGAGCGAUUCCCGAGGACCUGUGUGGGCUGGGGUCGCUGGGGGUGGUCAUGCUGGGACAUAACGACCUGGAGGGGGCCAUUCCCGCAUGCCUGCUUGCGCUGCCCAACAUCACCACGUUGGACCUAUCGUCCAACCGCCUGUCAGGCCCCGUCCCACCCGUCCCUCCCGCCUCCUCCAUUGACUUCCGAGUCGGCGGAAACUGCCUGGAAGGAGCGCCGCAGCAGCUCUCCCCUUGCCCCACAGGGUCCGACUCCCCAUCCUCUCCCUCCUCCGCCUCCCCCACCCCUCCAACCGGCUCCCAAGGGAGUAGCAGCAGCGGCCCCACCGGUCUCAGCACUGGUGGUGGCAGCACUAGUAGUAGCAGUGGUGGCAGUGCGGACACUGGGAGCAGCGGUACAGCUUGGGACAACAUUUGGAAUGCACCCCCUUCCCAGGAGGAGGCCGCAUGGCCUGGCACUGGCGGCCGCAACAGUGGCAGCAGCACCGGCAGCACUGGGAGUACUGGCAGCAGCAGCAGCAGCAGCAGCAGCAGCAGCAGCAGCAGCAGCAGCAGCAGCAGCAGCAGCAGCAGCAGUGGCGGCAGCAGCAGCGGUGGCGGCAGCAGCAGCGGCGGCAGCAGCAGCGGAACGGGGUGGGAGGACAUAUGGAACUCGUCCCCAUCGCUGGAGGAGGGCGCUUGGCCCGUGGACCCCCUCAUACAGACCGACAAACCUAAAGGCUCAGGGGCAGGCGCAGGGGCAGCAGCACACUCACCCCCGCCGUCACCCGUGCAGCAGCAGCAGCAGCAGCAGCAGCCCCCUCCGGUUCAACCUCCUCCAGUUGAACCUCCACCGGUUGAGCCGCCACCGGCCCAGCCUCCCCCGGUGGAGGCUCCCCCCCGGGCCACAUACGGCGGUGAGUGGUGCCUUCCCCUACCCUCUCGAAUGGAGCCCCAGACAGGAGCCAUAUCUCACCCGCGUGCCUUCCCCUACCCUCUCUUCUCGCCUCUCCACCUCCCCCCUUUCCCAUCCCCUCUUCUUCCUCUUCUUCCCCCCCCUGUCUUCUCUGCCCCUCCUUUAUCUCCUCUUAUCGCCUCUCCCACUAUCCCCUCUGCCGCAUCUCCCCCUAUUCCCCCCACCCCAUCUCCCCCUAUUCCCCCGCCCCAUCUCCCCUUAUCCACCCUGGUUCAUUCCCCCGCUGUAGUGGCAGCAAUGGCUGCUGCGGACCAGGGCAGCAGCACAGACAACACAAGCACAGGCGCAGCAGCAGCAGCAUCUGGAUGGGGCUGGCUCAACUUCCUGCUGCUGGCACUCGCCCUCGCUUCAGCCAUCGCCAUUGCCGCUGCAUGCUUUGGAUACAUCACCCAGCGCAGACCCCCCUCCUCCUCCUCCCUCGCCAUCGCCCCGCCUCUCACCCUGCCUCCCCCGCGCGUUGAAGAGCUGCCAGUGACGGAGUACGGGUUGUCAAAGAUAAAGCGCGCCACAAAGAACCUCACCACGCUGUACGGCAAGGGCAGCUUCGGCUCCGUGUACCUCGCGCAGGACUUCCUACCCGACCGUGCCAACCCGCAUGUCAUCAUCAAACGAGCACACGACCCUGAGAAGAUGAGCGAGGAGCAGUUGAGAGAAAAGGUGGAGGAGCUGGCGAGGGCGAGGCGCCGGUCACAUGCACCAUCCCACUGCUCCCCUUCCCCCCAUCCCUCUCCCCUCCCCUUGUCUCCCCCAUCGCCUGCCACCGCAGAGAUGAGCGAGGAGCAGUUUAAGGAGAAGGUGGACGAGCUGGCGAGGGCGAGACACCGGUGUCUGGUGGCGCUGCUGGGGUACUGCAUGGGCAAGACAGAGCGCAUGCUCGUCUUUGAAUACAUGCCCUAUGGCACUCUCUUCGACCGCCUCCACCGCUCACUUGUCUUUUCCGAGUCCACCCAUUCCGUUGUUGGCACUCUCUUUGACUGCCUUCACUGGUCGAACCUGGACCCCAUGCCGUGGGAUGCAAGGGUGCGGGUGGCGGUGAACGUGGCGUCAGCGCUGGCCUAUCUGCACCACGGCGUGGACCCGCCUCUCACCCACCGCGCUGUCACCUCCUCUAACGUGCUGCUUGGCGCUGACAUGACUGCCAAGCAAUUGCCUCUCACCCACCGCGCCGUCACGCCAUCCAAUGUGCUGCUCGGCGCCGACAUGACUGCCAAGCCUUUAUUCCCCCUUUCAUCCCUCCGUCCCUCCUCCCCACCCACACAACACCAGCUCUCCGACUACGGGCUGGCGCGGGGCUGUGCAGCGCAGGCAGCAGACGACCUGGCGCGGCGGCGCCGGGCCCACCGCAGCUCGCGCAGCCGCGGCACGAGCAUCGGCAGCACGGGCCAGCUCGACAGCCUCCAAGGCGGCAGCAGCGCUGGCAGCAGCGCCGGCAGCAGUGGCGACUUGCUGGGCGGCGUGGGCGGGCGGUCGUUUGGGAGUGGGAGGCGGCGGGGUGGAGGGGGGGAGAGUGAGAGCGACACCGAUGGGGAGGCUGUGCUGUCGCGGGAGAGCGCGCCGCACUUCGCGAGGGAGAGGGAGAGCACGCCGAUUCUUUCAAGGGAGAACACGAUUUUGAGCAUGGAUGAGAGGAAGGCGGAUGUGUAUGGGUUCGGAGUGGUGCUGCUGGAGUUGAUCACAGGGCAGAAGGCCAUGCAGGACGUGCAUAUCACCAGCCUGGUACGCCGCGGUGAAAUGCACGUGAUCAGAAUAAGCGACCUUCAUCUCUCACCUUCUCUCCCUCGCCCCAUUCUCCCCGCGUCCCCUCGUUUCACUCGUCUCCCUCUAUCUCCUGACAUACAUCAGGCGGCGCCCUUCCUGGAGGACGAUCAGAUGAUGCCCCUCAUGGCUGACAGCGCCCUCGCAGGCUAUUUCAACCAGGACGAGCUCAUUUCACUCGCCUCCAUUGCCCGUGACUGCGUGCACCAGGCACCUUCCCAGCGCCCCUCCAUGCUCGACGUCCUCACAGCCCUCGAGGACACAGUAGACGAGGACCUCCUCUCUUCCCUCCACGGCCCCUCCACCCGCCUCCUCUCGCCCAGCUCCACUGCCAGUGGCAUCACCAGCACCAGCAACGGGGACCGGUAUACUGCCCUGGCCAAUGACGGCGCUUUUGACGAUGCUGCCACGGGAGGGACGGGGACGGGGAUGGGGGGAGGGGGAGCGGGGAAACGGAGCGGUGGGUCGUCAUUCAUUGAUGCUAUCUCGGCGUCGUUCCGGAGGCGAGGGGGUGGGGGGGAGAAGGGUGGGGGGAAAGGGGAGGGGAUGCAGAGGGGAUCGGGACAAGCCCCCCCGUCGCCGAAUCGGUCGGGGAGGAGUGAUGCAUCGGAUAUAGAGAGCUCGUCGCUGCUCUAUAUCACUCCCAAGGGUCACUGA